GGGUAUAGUAUUGUUGCUCUAUUAUUAAUUUUGUAUUAUUUUAAUUAUUAUUAAUUGGUGUUAUCAUCUUCUUUCUAUAAAAUAGGUUUCAAAUAUCCAUUCAUCUCCAUCACUUCAACACUUUUAUUUCUCUCUCUCUCUCUCAACCAUUCUAUAGCAACACAGGAGUUUUUACAGAGUUAUAUGAUAGCCAGAGAAUUUCAACUACACAUCCAAGAUUUUGUAACAUAGAAAAAUAAAAAGACAUGGCCAUGUUUGAAAGAGGAGAUGAUGAACUCAACCUAAACCUUGAGGCAACAGAGCUUAGGCUAGGGUUACCAGGCUGUGAUAGUACUACUACAGCAACUUCUACUACUCAAGAGUACUCUGAAAACAGCACAAAUACUACAAAAGGCAACAACAAGAGAGCUUUGCCUUCUGAUGAAACAUUCAAAUCUAACUCUUCAUCAGAAACCAAAUCUUUCGGUCAUGAAAACCCUUCACCCACCAAGACACAAGUAGUGGGAUGGCCUCCAGUGAGAUCUUACCGCAAAAACUGCUUACAGUCAAUGAAAAAAGUAGAGGAGAGUGGAGUAUACGUGAAAGUCAGCAUGGAUGGAGCUCCUUACCUUAGAAAAAUGGACUUGAAGCUCUACAAAGGGUACCCAGAACUCCUUAAGGCCUUGGAAGACAUGUUUAAGUUUAAAGUUGGUGACUUUAACGAGAGAGAAGGCUACAAUGGCUCUGAAUUCGUCCCUACUUAUGAAGACAAAGAUGGAGAUUGGAUGUUGGUUGGAGAUGUUCCUUGGGAAAUGUUUACCUCUUCAUGCAAAAGGCUGAGAAUCAUGAAAGGGUCAGAAGCUAGAGGCUUGGGUUGUUCUGUUUGAUGAAAUAUAAUACAUAUUGUCAUAUAUAAUAUAUAUAUUUUGUAUGCACACCUACUUACGUGUCCAGACUUGACUGGGAUCUCAUGUUGAAGAGGAAAUUAUAUAAGGCUCCAUCUUCAUGAAAGCUUGGGCUCUCCGUGGAGAUCGAAGACUAAUUAAUUAAUUUCAAAUCUUGAUUAUUAUUAUUAUUAUGUGUAAUUUUGAUCAUCAAAAGGAAUAUUUUACAUGCAUAUUCCUACAAAAGGAAGAAAAAAAAGUUGAAAUGCGAAGAAGUAAUUGUCGCUUGUAUAUAUUUUGUUAAAUCAUAUAUAUGUGCUCGAUCUUCGAAAGCAAUUACUGUACAGAAAAAAAGAUGAAAUGAGUUAAAAUUGAAAUGGAGAUUAAAGGAGAAAGAAAAAAAAGAAUUCGACUUUGGUUUCUCCCAGAUGUAUUGAGCUGUGUUUAUUAUAUAAAUAUAUAUUUAUUUAUACA